CAAUACACUGGAUCCUGGAGAGAGCAGACCUGAUACCGACCUCUAUAGAAUGUGCAUAACCCCGGGCACAUCCAGCAUCAGUGGAUGGCUCCUCCAGUAGGGUCCAUGUCCGACCACGAGGACUUUGCGGCCCUAGUCGGCAACUGGAAUUCAUCUGACUUCAGCCUUUUUAACCCAGCCAGCGUGGUGGUCCCAGUAAUCUUCUCACUCAUCUUCCUGCUGGGCACGGUGGGCAACAGUCUCGUCCUUGCUGUUCUUUUAAGAAGUGGACAGAGGACGCACAACACCACCAACCUCUUCAUCCUCAACCUCAGCGUGGCAGAUGUCUCCUUCAUCAUCUUCUGCGUGCCCUUCCAGGCCACCAUCUACACCCUGGAAGACUGGGUCUUCGGAGCUUUCAUGUGCAAAGUGGUCCACUUCUUCAUCUACCUAACCAUGUAUGCCAGCAGCUUCACCCUGGCAGCGGUCUCCGUUGACAGAUACUUAGCCAUUCGUUAUCCUCUACGCUCCAGAGAACUGAGGACUCCAUGCAAUGCAGUUGCAACCCUGGCUGUUAUAUGGGGUCUCUCGGUGGUCUUUGCCGGACCGUAUCUGAGCUAUUAUGACCUAAUGGAUUUUGAGACCAGCCACAUUUGCAUGCCAGGGUGGAAGGAAAGGACUAGGAAAAUUAUGGAUACUGGCACCUUCAUAGUAGGAUACGUCAUCCCUGUGCUCAUAGUCAGUCUAUCUUACACCAGGACCAUUAAAUAUCUGUGGACUGCAGUUGAUCCUCUGGAAGACAUGUCGGAGUCUAAGAAAGCUAAAAGAAAAGUGACUAAGAUGAUCAUCAUUGUCACCGUCCUCUUCUGCCUGUGCUGGCUCCCUCACCAUGUGGUGGUCAUGUGUUAUCUCUACGGUGAUUUUCCAUUUAAUCAAGCCACCUAUGCCUUCCGACUGCUAUCUCAUUGCAUGGCCUAUGCCAACUCUUGCCUCAACCCCAUUGUCUAUGCUUUAGUAUCGAAACACUUCCGUAAAGGUUUCCAGAAGGUCUUCAGCUGCCUCUUGAGGAAGAAGGGUCGGAAUAAAGUUCAUGUGGUGAACGCGGCGCAUGCCGAGCCUGGUUUUGACGUAGCAUCGGCGGAAGUGUCGCACGUAAAUGAAGACCAUGGAAAGAGGAACGUGAGACAGGCAGGUGGAAACCACUCUGAUUCCUCCAGACCACUGGGCACACCGUGA